CCUCACGGAGCAAUCUUUGCCCUCAGGGACAGGACUUAGGUACAAGAUGGCCGCCGCGCGCCCGGAUCCCCCGAUUCCGAGCUCACCGACCCAGGAGUCGCUAUCCCCGGAGCCGCCGGACCUGGUCCUGGUGCCUGAUGGUGGCCGCCCUGCCACACCCCCAGGGGACCUCAUCGAGAUCCAGGUGGUCAAAGUCACAGAUACUACAUCGGCCCCUGAGCCCCCAGAGCCAGGAUCUUUUCAUUGUGCCCUGUGUCCUGCUGCCUUCCGUCUAGUCUCGGAGCUGCUGUUUCAUGAGCAUGGUCACCUGGCAGGCUUGGAAGGGCUUGGGCAAGGUGGGGACCCUAGCCGUUGUCACGUGUGUGGCCACAGCUGUCCAGGUCCUGCUAGCCUGCCACACUACAGCUUGCACACAGGAGAACGACCUUACCGCUCCCUCUGUCCACGGGCUUUUAAGGCCUUGGCACCUCUGCUCCGGCACCAGCACCGACAUGGGGUGGAGCCAGGCACCUCUGGAAGGCUUCUACCCACAGCAGCAGCAGGACAGCCGAACUCAAGGGUGGCCCAGGAGAGGUCGGAGGUGGUGAUGGCUGCAGCAGCUGCGGGUGCCGUAGUAGGCAAGCCUUUCGCCUGCAGGUUCUGUGCCAAGCCCUUCCGCCGCUCCUCAGACAUGCGAGACCACGAGCGGGUACACACGGGGGAGCGGCCCUAUCACUGUGGCAUCUGUGGCAAAGGCUUCACUCAGUCCUCUGUUCUGAGCGGUCAUGCUCGCAUCCACACGGGCGAGCGCCCCUUCAGAUGCAUGCUCUGCGACCGCACUUUCAAUAACUCCUCCAACUUCCGCAAGCACCAGCGUACCCAUUUCCAUGGGCCAGGGCCCGGAGUGGGAGAGUCUGGAGGCCAACUGAGAUCAUCUUCGGUAUCCCAAGAAUCAAGGAGUAAAUGUGGGACAGAGAACACUAUGGAAGAAGGGUGUAGAGAGACUAAGAAGGUGAAUGUGGAGGUUGAUCAGUAGGCUGGAAAUAGGAAGCAUAUCAUAGGAAAGGUAGGUGGGCAAAUUGAGGCAGAUAUCAAGAGGCCAAGGAGAAAUAAUGAGGAAUUGGAGUUAGAUUUAAAAAGGGAACCUGAUUGUGGUCUCCCAGAACCCCAUGCUACACCUGAGACUCAGGAAAGAGGUACUUGUGGGUCUGUGGGUGCCCAGAUAUGUCCCAGUACACUAGAGACUGAGGCAGAAGGAUCAGGUCCAGACUGGGCUGGAGAGCAAGACUUUAUGUAGCAACACCUCUGGUCCAAUAAAAUAUUUUGCCUACCUCAA